GUCGUUUUUUUGUAAGUUACACUACAUAUCGAGGGCUUGGAACCAGAGGGCCGUAAGUGGUAUUUUGGGCAAAUAUGAGAUGCAUAAAUCAAAUGUUAAGUCUUGAUGAGCUCUAUCUAAUUCCAAAAGGACCCAGCUAAAACUAUGAGCCUUAUUGUGUAUAUAGCAACAAAACCUAUAUUUUGUUGCUAUAUAUGUGUUGCCAUGUCAUGCCUCCUAGUUUGGCUUGGCAUAGGCUAGGUCAGAGAGUAAUGUUUACUGUGUGAACCGGACCUAAUGUUUUCAUGGCUAUGAAUAACUGUUACAAAAUGAGUAUUGUACCUUAUAGGACCUGUGUCUUGUAGUUGUUCCAAUGACCUUUCUCUUAGAACUGAGUCAGAAUUCAGGGUCAGGGUCAUCUGUAAAUUAUGAAGGUAUAUGAUUGUGUAUGAUCAUAUAUGAAACUCAUAUGAUAUAUGAAGUAUAUGAUUUUCAUAGCAAUUGCCCUUCAACAGCUAAUCCUGGUCACUGCAGCCCCAUUGCCCUGUUUGUAGCUGAUGGGAAGCUAGAGGUGGCUGUUUGUAGUUCAGCAUCUGAUUGGAUGCUGCUGUAGCCGAGUCCCGUCAUAUGCUGAACAUGUACAUUCAGAUACAUGUACUGGGCAGAACUGAAAUACUGCAUUUAGCACCAUGUGUGUCCAUGCAGUCAGCACACUGCCCUUCUCCCCAACUGACCAUAAAUAUAAGAGAAAAGUGCCAGUCUCCAGUCCAGAUGGCUACCACACCACUGCAAGUCACAGGAGGGAAAAACCCAAACUGUGUGCCUGAACUCAGUUACCAGAGUUUCCUGGAUUUCUAGUCCCUUUCCAACCCCAAAACAUGAACUCCGUUACCAGGGCUUCCUGGAUUUCUAGUCCCUUUCCAAUCCCAAAACAUGAACUCAGUUACCAGAGUUUCCUGGAUUUCUAUUCCCUUUCCAACCCCAAAACAUGAACUCAGUUACCAGGGCUUCCUGGAUUUCUAGUCCCUUUCUAACCACAAAACAUGAACUCAGUUACCAGGGCUUCCUGGAUUUCUACUCCCUUUCUAACCACAAAACAUUCCAAAAGCUGUAACUUGCACAGAAGGCGGCCCGCGGUGACUAGAAGAACCGCAGUGUCGCCAUCUACGCCUUCACAAGCAAAGCUCCGCCCCCACGCGAUCUUUCAGAAGGGACAUUGCAUCGGUGCGGUUGUGCACAAUGUGCUUAAACUUGCGCAAGUCCCUUCUGGAAGAGAACUUAAGGUCUCACAAAAACAGCACCAUUUAUGAUGAACCAUAUAAAUACAUUAAUGGACAUGAGCACUGUGUCAGUAGAUCCUGUUUGCAUGUGUGAUUUCUUUAACGAUGUGUUUCAGAAUGCUGUGAACUUCUCAAUACUUUGCAUGUGAGCUGUUAUUCUUCAUUUUUGGCUGGAAAGCUCUCCAUUAGGCAAUCAUUGGUAGCAAAGUUCACUUUGUUUUAUAAGCCAUGCUACAUGUGUGUGCGCAUACAGGAAUGUAACGUGGGAAGUAAAUUUGUGUUACUCAUAUUGUCACAUUCUGGAUGAUUUCCCUGCCCAGACUUCCCUUGGUUGUUCAAUUAGAAAUUCAGCAGUCUGCAUUUUGCAAGUCUGCAUGUUUGAAUGGCCGGUUUGUAUUUACAGAAAUACUGAAGUUGCGCAAAUAUGCCGCUUCCAGUUUGCCCCUCUUUCUGUGCUUUCAUGGUUUCAUAUUGUACAUUUGAAAAAAAGUAUAUCGUGCACCUUUUUAAGGACCUGUUGAAUUUCACUAAAAGCCCAGUUCUAGACAUGUAUUUAUGGACUGAAUUUUAGACAUUUGGAAAAUAGCAACCAAUAAGCCGUUUUGCUUCUACACCUGUUUGAAAAAUUUUCAUACAGUUGAUGUACAGGAAUAGAGUUUUAUUGAGUAGGGCUGUACAAGCAUUGUAUUGCAAGCAUUUUGUGUAUUUUCACUAAUGCUCCCCUUAAAUACAUGUCCAUUGGAGUUUUUUUCCAUUAGAUCACUGUCCAAUGUUGUGCGUUAGAGACACAAGACUGCUUCAAAACCCCAUUUUAUCAUAAAGAGGAACUUCCAAAACUCAUUGCAUAAUCUGUGCCAUGCCAGUUUGUCAUGUAGCUCUGUUAUCUCUGAUUCUGAGAUUGCACUUGAUCGUUUCUCAUCUGUGUUAGUCUCCCUGACAAACAAACAUGCACCAUGAGAAGGCUUAGUGUUAAAAAUAGGAAUAAUCCCUGGUUUGCUCUGUUUCUUGACUUGCUACUUUGUUAAGUGUCUUUGUGACAGGUCUCUGUACAAAGCACUAUACAAAUAAAAUUUAAUUGAACCGAAUAGAGUUUAUGUCUGAGCUCACUGACUUGAUUCAGUUGAGAAAUGAAGCUCCCGGUGAAGCCAGAUGCUGCUUGGACUAGCUAGCCUUCAGACGGUUUGGAAAUUAAGUGCUCUACCUCCAUAAGGAACGCAAAAUCUAAAUAUUACUUCAAUUCUCUUGCUGUUUCUCAUGCUAAUCCAGAAAAGUUCUGGAAAAUAGUUAACUAAGCACAAAGGCCAUAACUCACUGCUUAGUCAAAUCAGGCUAAAUUCUGAAGUAGCUGAUUCCUUUAACCAGCAUUUUGUUGCAGUGAACCAUAAUUUUGAGAGGGAAUCCAGAAUUAAUGUUCACAUUUCAGAUUUGUCUGAGCGUACAUCGAGAAGGAAACCCAUGAUUCUCUAAGUGCUGCUCCUAAUACAAGGAACAGCAUUGCCGAUUUUUCUUUUUCUCCAUUCACUUUGUGUGAGGCACUUAACCCAUUUUGUAUUAGGCUUUCUGCUGGUCUGAUUGCUGUGCCCCUAACUCAUAUUUUUUAUCUCACUAUUCUCUCAGGUGUUAUCCCUCUAGAUUCUCUUGUCAUUGAGCAUUCUAUUUUAUUCUAUUUAUUUAUUAAAAUUAUUUUUAGCUAAUUUUAAAAAAAAAUCUCUUGGAACCUUUAGCUUUUGUCUGUUAGAGUUUUUUUUUCAUCAGGGAUCCAUUGAAAAAGAGAACUAGUGUCUCAAUGUGUACUGUAUAAAUAAAGUUUCUAAAUUUCGAUCUUGUGAAAGGAGGCAGGUUUCGCCACACCUGGGUUUGGGAUGAGGUUGUGGAGAAACUGAAUACAAUCUAAAAUGGAGGUGGAGAAAUUGCUAGAAACAGCUUUACACAAGAGGAGCCGUGGUGGAUGACAUUUUACGUCCCUGGAAAAAUCAAACAUGAAAAAUUUGAAAAAACAGUUUAGCAGAUUUAAGUUGAUAACUUUUGGGGUUGUCUAAGAAUUUCCCAAAUCUUUUUAAAACUCAUCACAAAUAAUUUAGCACAGUAAGGUCCACCUACAGUAAUAGAAAAAAGUUACAUGGAAGUGAAGAAUGAAUUUAACAAUCUUGAGGUCCACCAAUCAAGUUUGUAAUGUAUCAAUUAUUCAAGACAGCUGAAUUUAAAUGAUGCAAAAACAAUGCUUGUACAGAUUAAUAAAGAAUUUAAUCAAAACAAAUAGAGGGAUUUGAGUAGCCCUUAAAUCAUCAUUUUCUUGUGAAGUCUAAUGAAUAUGGUACACUCGUUGCUGUAGACCACAGAUAUGUGUCCUUAAAUGGAAAAAUUCAUUUGUGAUGAUUAAUCCAAAAUUGUGGUAUUUCUAAAAUGCCAAAAACUGUAUCCAGGCCCGUAAGCAGAUCUUAUCAGUCACUAGAAUGCAAACCACAGAUUCACAGUUGUGCGCUUCAAGAUGAUGCUUUUUGAUUUCGCUUACCACGGUUCUCUGUUAGAUUUUCAUUGGCUUCUCAGCACGUCAUUGUGAAACUUCCCGGCUUCCUUUUGUGCGGUCUUUGGGAAACCCAGUGUGGAAGCGAGCCUUUUAGGCGUAUAAAUAUUCGCCGUCUUCAAUCCGUCCUGAGACGUUCUUCACGCUGUGAAAGACGAGGACCACACAUCAUGCUCCGCAAGAGUGUCACUGAAAGCUUCGGAGCGGCCAUCUCGUGCCUGAGCGCCGCUGACCUGACGGACACCGUGGUCCGUCGCAGCAAGAGGAUGAUGCUGGACACGCUGGGGGUCGGGCUGCUGGGGACCAAAACAUCGGUGUUUCACAAGGCCUUGCAGUACAGCAUGAGAUACCAAGCUUUGGAGAACAGCCGUGUUUGGGGAAGACCAGGCCUAACUCUGCCCCCACAUCAUGCUUCCUUUGUCAAUGGAAUCGCGGUGCACUCCAUGGACUUCGACGACACCUGGCACCCGGCCACGCACCCCUCUGGAGCCGUGCUGCCCCCCCUGUUGGCCCUGGCAGAGACCAUGCCCAGGAGACCCUCCGGGCUCGAGCUGCUGCUGGCCUUCAACGUGGGCAUCGAGGUGCAGGGCCGACUCAUGAGGUUCUCCAAGGAGGCACGCAACAUUCCCAAGAGGUUCCACCCCCCCUCUGUGGUCGGGGUCAUGGGCAGCGCGGCCGCUACCGCUAGCCUCCUGGGCCUGACGCCGGGCCAGUGCGUGGAGGCUCUGGCCAUCGCGGCGUCCUCCGCCGGGGCCCCCAUGGCCAACGCCGCCACGCAGACCAAGCCGCUGCACAUCGGCAACGCCGCGCGCUGGGGCCUGGAGGCCUCGCAGCUCGCGCUCCUGGGUCUCCAAGGCAACCAGCAGAUCCUGGACAUGGAGUCGGGGUUCGGGGUCUUCUACCCGGACUACUCCCCGGAGCCGCUCGCCCACGGCGCCCCCUUCAGGUGGGUCCUGGAGGACCAGGAAGUGGCCGUCAAGCGCUUCCCCGCCCACCUGGGCAUGCACUGGGUGGCGGACGCGGCGGCGACGGUGAGGGCGGAGCUCCUCUCCAGGAGGCCCGAGGCGGACCUGGGCCGGGUCAGGAGGGUGGUCCUGCGGGUACCUGAGUCCAGGUACAUCAACUGCCCCUUCCCCGCCACGGAGCACCAGGCCCGGCACUCCUUCCAGUUCAACGCCUGCACUGCCCUGCUGGACGGCCAGGUGACCGUGGGCUCCUUCAGCAGGCCCCAGCGGGACAGGCAGGCCCUGAAGGACCUCCUGCUCAAAGUGCACCUGGAAAACCCCGAGGACAAUCCCGCAAACUUCGACAGCAUGUACUGCGAGGUGACUGUGGACACGGAGCAGGGAGAGAGCUUCACGGCGCGCUGCAACACCUUCUACGGCCACUGGAGGAAGCCUCUCACUCAGCAAGACCUCACCAAGAAGUUUGUGGGCAAUGCCUCUGCUGUGCUGCCCCUAGAGGCCGUGGAAGGAAUUGUCAGUGUGAUUGACAACAUCGAGAAAAUGCCGGACCUCUCACUGCUGGGGUCAUUGCUGCAAAUGAGCAACGUAGAAGAGUCGCCUGUGAGCGUGUCCCUGAUGAACUGAAUCCUCUGAAUGCCUUUCUGAGAAGCUUAUUCAAAGGUUGGUAUUUUAAUAUGUAUAUACAUACAGUAAUUAUAUGGGAGGGCCAGGAAAGGUCAGUUGCUGUUUAAAUGGUGUUAUUCACCAGAAGUGAUAGCUGUUCCCCUAAACCAGGGGUGUCUCAUCUUAUCCAAAAAGGGCCAGUGUAGGUGCAAGUUUUUGUUUUAGCUCAACACUAAGACACCUGAUUCUGCUUAUCAAGGUCCCGAUUGAAGACCGUGAGUUCACUAGUUGAAUCGGGUGUUGUGGUGCUGAGCUAGAACAGAAACCUGCUCCCACACCCACAGGCCGUUUCAGGUGAGACUGGACAUGCCUGUCCUGACCCAAGCAGAGGCCAGUGCCCGUGAGCAGCAGGACACUGUGCUGGAGUAGAUGCUGUCUUUCGUGUUCGAUGUGAAGCUGAGGUCCUGGGUAAUUGUGGUCAUGGCGUUUACCACAGAGGGCCGGAGAGCCGUUUCCCCGCGGUCCCCAAACUGCCCGUGUGAUCGGUCCUGUGGGUCCUCUUCAGCAGACUGUCUGCCCUCCUUCUGUGCCUUUAUUCAGACAGGGGAAAAGCAGAGAGCCCUACAGAUACAGUUAGAAAUAUAUCACAGAACAGGAAGUGCCUUAACAGGGGAUUGAACCACAGCCCUGCUGAAAUGUCCAGUUUAAAUCAGCCUAAACUGGUCAGGCUGGUUUAAACUCUGUUUAAACUGGUCUGCAUUGUCAGCUAGUCCACCAGUUGACCACCAGCUUAUUCUACGAGCUUAACCAGUUUAACCAGCUUUGAUCAGCUCUAUAAAUACAAUAUAAAUAUACAGAGCUCUAUAAAUUCAAUCAGUCAAACUUUAUUUAUAUAAAUAAUUUUUCAAAGAAUUUGUUACAGUACACUUCACAGUUUACCCUGGCCUAAACCCCCACAGAGUACAAGCCAGAGGGAACAGUGGCGAAGAUAAAAUCCCAGGAGGAUAUGUAGGAAGAAACCCUUUUGAGAAGCCAGAAAAACCAUUUUAUAGGCAAAGUUUUUCAUGGGAAAAGUACCCUUUUCUUGAAGGACUAAGCUACGGGACUUGUAAGCAAUAACACUGACACUUAUAGAUGAAAUAAGGGCCCUUCAUAUGUUACACAAGCAUUAUGAAUCACCCGCAUUAUGUAAUUUUGUAUACAGUACACAGUUGGGAAAGAAACCAGACCGGUCUCUGCCCCAGUGGAGUUUGGUGGGACCUUCUGACAUUUGUGACAAAACUGUCUGGUUGUAUGUCCUUAACCUUAUGGCCACAUGAGGGCGCCAUCUCACCCUGUCCAUGACAUAAAACAGGAGCGGCCAUGUAUAUGCUGCAGAAUGAUUCCCUUGCAAAUGUUUUUUUUUUUUUUUUUUGCACUGACAAAAAUAAAACGUGAAUAUGAUUCUCUGCUA